GCGUCCAAAGCGUUUUGCACUCUUUCUACUCACUUUACUCAGUCUCUACUCUUUACUACGUAUACAGUACUACAGUACUACAGUGGUCUAGAGGAUUGACCUUGACUUGAUAGAGGUCACGCGUUCACACUGACAAGCCGGUACAUACGGAAAGAUAAUACAGUCUUUGCAGUGUAGAUCUGCGUGUGUGGGUUGAGACAAGGUUUUCAGUCGUUCCUUUUCCAGGCGUAGCACGGCGAAAGGGAACACUAACCUUGCCACCUUAGUUCAGCAGUUUCGGGUGCCAACUACAGCACGAGCAUACCGGAUGCUGAUUUUAGUGUCGUUGAAGAGGUCAGCGCUUGCUCACUCCACUCCACAGGGUCAGUGGUACACUUGCCGGUCACGCGGUUGACGAGUUGUCCGCGGAAGCGACCCAGCCGAGAGUCAGGCGACCUCCGGUGGCAAAUAGCUUACCGGUUCUCCAAUCAAGGACUGAACGAGCACAGCCUAGCCAGGGAGAGGGGGAGACCGCAAUACGAACGGAUCCAGUUGCAGUGAGAAUGGCGUAUGCUCUAGGUGUUCUCUUCCUGUUAACAGUACUGGGUGCUACCUCUGUGGUAUGUCAGGUUUCACCAGGUGUGCAGGAUUGUCCCCACUGCCAGAACAACUGCAAUGGAGAUCGGUCUGUGGCGUACGUCAUUGACAACACAGGGAGCAUGCGCAACGACAUUGGCCAGGUGUGCGAGCGCACACGCGAAAUGGCAAUUAUCGCGGAGCAGCAUCAGCUACAUGACUCCAUUCAUCGUUGCCUACUGGUGCCAUUCGGAGAUCCAGUGAUCGGCCCACCGCAGUUUUUCAACCACCUGAAUCAGCUUGCUGAUGCCGCCUGUAGUCUGCGCCCCACUGGAGGAGUCGAUUGCCCGGAGAAGGUUCUGAGUGGUCUGCUGAUGGGGCUGGAGAGUUCCUGUCCAAAGUCAACCGUCUAUGUAUUCACGGAUGCCGUUGCCAAAGACUUGGAGCUACUAGGACGUGUCCUGGAGGUCAUCCAGAGCAAGCAGAUCAAGGUUGUUUUUGUCCUCUCUGGAUCAUGCGAAUCAUCUGACUCUUCCUACUACGACACCAUCACUGCCAUAUCCGGUGGUCAGCUGUUCCGCAUCGGCAAGGAUAAUGUCGGCGACAUACUCAAGUUCUCACAACUCUCCAUCAACAAUGAACCACAGGUGCUGCUCCUCUGGGAGCAAACUACGCCGCCAUUCUGGAGUUCAGACUUUGUCGUCGAGCCGGCAAUGACAUCUGUGCAGGUAGUCGUCAGUUGUGAUAACGAGAGCCCUACUGUGGAGCUAUAUCAGCCCGGUUUCCUGGACCCCAUCAAGCCACGACAGCAGUCUAUGUUUGUUGAUUGGAAGACCUAUUCUAGCUCGGUGCUUGCUGUCCUGGACACACAGUCUCUGCUAUCAUUUGGAACGUGGCAGCUGCAUGUGACAAGUUUGUCAACGUGCCGCGUCAGCGUCACUGCUCACGGAGUGGAAGAGAUGACCUCUUCCUUUGCCAAAAUCACUGAGAUCAACGAGUUUGGUGAGGAGGUCUCGCUUGUCUCGCCAGAACAAGGAUCAAAUUACAUAGUGGUGUCAACGCCAGAUUCGCACAUCGUUCAGUAUGUUGAGCUGGUGGGUAUGGAUGGCAAUCGGUUCUCCUCAUCGUCUCCCACAGACGGUGGUAUGUCCGAAGGUGCAGCCGGAGCAAAGGAUACAGUUAUUGGACCGACCACCGUGCCCGGCGAGAGCUUCUUCAUCCGCUAUCGGGGGCUGCAGAAUAUCAGUGACAAUGGAGGGCAUACGGGUGGACAGCCGUUCAAGAGAUACUCUCCCACUGCACUGACUCCUAAAGCCACUGCCCCGCUGGCAGGCUCCAGCUCAUCCAUUUCAGCAGACCAUUGCCAGCACCUGAAGCUCAAGUGUUCUGGAUUGAACGGUUACGACCAAGGAGAGUCAGAGUACCCAGUGACCUGGUUCAGGAAUGCACAUGCUCUCGUACCCGGAUCCCUGGUCGCCAAUGCCAGUAUCAUACAGUCAGGUGACAUUAGUGUACUGGAAAUCUCACAGUUUGCACCGCACCACGCCGGCCUCUACUCAUGCUUUGUUGCCAAGCCAACAGGCCUGGCUCUUGUUGCCGAGUAUGAUGUCAUUGCCAGAGAGAACACAAGCAGACCAUGUGCAGGUGAGCAGGCCGAAAACAAACAACCAGUGGCCAGAACUCCAUCAAUCUGGACAGCUCAGCACGCUGUAAUACAUUGCCUGAUGCUGCAAUGCAUUGCGCGUGCUGACAACCCACAACCUGAACAGGUGCAGUGGGCCAACACUCAGACAGGUCACCGUUUCACACGCAGCACCGUACACAGACACUUUGCUGUGCUCAGCAACGGCUCACUGCGUAUUUGUGACCCGCAGCAGCAGCACCUUGGUUGGUACAUGUGCAGCACUCCACACAGCACACGGCCCAGUGCUGUACGUGUAAAAGCUUCCGACCUGAACUUCCAAACAGGUGCCAAUGAAGAAGAGGUGGAUGAGGAAGAGGAAGAAGUUCUGGAUAUCCUUCAGAAUGAGCGGGAUGAAGCCAAACAAGCAGCGACUGAGGCCAAAGCAGACGUCAAGAAGCUACAGAGCACAGUGCUGAGCCUGCAGCGCCAGCUGCACAACGCAGAUGCAGAGAGGCUGCGCACAGCUGGGAGCAAUGAGGUGUGCCAUCGACGUCUUACGAGGAUUCGCACCACUCUCGGACUAUUGAACAGGAAUGAUGAUAACAUUAGCAGCACUAAUGACAAUAGCUAAGGUGCGGCGACGAUCAGCAUGAUAACUGCACUGCGGUGUCCACGGUGUAUUUAUCUAAUGUGUUGCACUAACGGCAUGGCUACACUGCACUGCCUGAAGUGCCCAGGGUGAGCACGUCUAAUGUGCCGACUAAUCUGUAAUAUUGACACUCAAAUUCUGAGCACCUCAAUGGUGAAGUAAUGUUAGAACGAGCAUGCCAUACUACUAAUAUUGACUUUUUGUAUCACUCUAUUUGCAUGCGGCGCCAUUUAACUGACAAUUGCAGACUUACAUCAUUGAUGAUUUCUAUUGAUACGCAUCAUUUGUAUGGCCAAGGCAGAACUACAUGCGUGACAUUAUUGCUCAUUCUAACAUGUCAGCCGCAAUUUGGAGCAGCCUACGUGUAAUACAAAUAGUUUUAUUGUGGACUUGCUGUCAGCCUAGAUUUAGCAGAUAUAUAACAUCUAACUUGUGUAGCAGUGCCGGAGUUCAUAAUGUUGAUUACAUGUAUUCUUUACCUGAACAGUUGCAUACAUCAUAAAAACGGGUGCCCACUCACGCUCACGGGAAA